GGGGAUUAGCAGAAAAAAAAUCAGGAAAAAUUUCCGAUGAGAGGGGGAAUGAAGCAUUGGAUAUUAUAGAUGAACCAGCCGACCCAUUUGCCAUCAAGCAACUAGUCAGCCUUGAUUCGUACCUGGAAAAUUGUCCUGUUACGCCCAAAGAAGUUCAGCAUCAGCGGAAUAACAAUGAGAGGGAAACAUCCGUGCGUAAAAGCACUGAAAGAGCCCCCAAAUAUUGUGAUUAUAGCCUCUCUACAAGAGAGCUUUUUUUUAAAACAAGAUAG